CUGCGCGCAUGACUUACAGAUCAGCGGGUUCCUCAGUCAUGGUGCCCCUAUUUCCAGCCCCAGCCUCGCUUCCUCUGUAGAGCUCAGCCGAGUGUAGUGUGUGUAGCGUGUGUGUGUGUGUGUGAGCGUGUGGAUGAGUGUGUUUCCUGACGGCUGUGCUGUGAGUAAGAGGCCGAUCCUCGCCGACAGGCCUUCAGUCAAACCGAGGCCAUGGCAGAUUUCUCGCUUGCUGAUGCAAUCGCGGACGACGCCCCCAGUCAAGCACCCAGAACCGCAAAUGUUAAUCCAUCUGCCCCAAUAAACGGGGCUCCACCUGCCACUAAUCCUGGCUGGCCUGGUGCAGCUCCGGGUGGUCCCAGCUUCCCCCCGUCCGGUGGUCCAGCCCAGCCUUCUGCCCCCGGAGGAUUCCCCCACUCUGGCCCUGGUGCUCCGGGUUCUUUUCCGCAUGGCCCCGGGGCUCCUCCAGGGCAGUAUCCUAGCGCCCCUUCUGCCCCUGCUGGAUACCCUCCUGGCCCCGGAAUGCCUGGACAGUUCCCCCCUGGGCCAGGGCAGUUUCCUCCAGGAGGAGCGCCUAUGCCCUACGCUGGGGGUCAGUUCCCCUCCACCCCUGGAGCUCCACAGGGACCCUACCCUAAUGUGCCUUACCCAGCCGGACCCCCAGCUCCAGGUAUGUACGGCCCCGGGGGCCCUGCGCCCUUUCCCCCAGCCGGAGGGCCCGGGCCAGGCUUCGCCGGAGGCGCUUUUCCCCCUGUACCUCCUGGAUCUUGGGGCGUACCCGGAGGGGGCUUCCCUCCCCAGCCCGGACCUCCCGCAGGAUUUGGACCUGGACCAAUGGGACCAUACGGGGGGCCGGGUGCUCCUGGAGGCAUGUUGCCGGUGCCGUAUGACCUGCCGCUCCACGCUGGGAUAAUGCCCCGCCUGCUCAUCACUGUAGUAGCAGAACCAGUUCCAGGAGCAGAUCGGUUCCAUGUAGACUUUGUGAAGGGUCCUGACAUCGUGUUCCACUUUAACCCUCGGUUCCCCGAGCAGACCGUCGUCAGGAACUCAAAUCUGGGGGGCUACUGGGGUCCGGAGGAGAGAGAAGGGGGCUUUCCUUUUGUGCAGGGCAGACAGUUUGAGCUGAAGAUCCUGGUGGAGGCGGACGUGUUUAAGGUUGCUGUGGACGGAGUGCACCUGCUGGAGUAUGAGCACAGAGUGGGGGGGCUGGAGGAGGUCACGCUGGUGCGGGUGGUGGGGGACGUCACACUGUACAGCAUCGCACCCAGCAUGAUCUAACAAACACCAACACAAACAACAACAACAACAACAACAACCCCAUUUCCUCAUGAACACACACAGUGUCCCCAACAUUUCACGGUCAGAGUAAAAGCUCUUUGCUGGAUCAUCUUCA